AUGCGGUGGCGGGCGCGCGCCGUACAUUCCCGCGCCAAAGAGCGCGCUAACAUCAGUUUUUUCAUAUUUAUUAUGUUCUUCGCCGUUUUCGGUGUAAUUGUUCUCACAGAACUAUUGCUGCUCGAAAGACCAGCCUCCGGAUCCGCCAGGUCGAGAUACAAUGAGGAACUCCAGGGUUGGGAAGGUCGCACCGAGGCUAAUGGAGACGGUGGAGAACCACCCCAGCCUGCGCACGCGCCGCUUGAUGCUGUAUGGCAACCAGUUGCUGGUACCAGGUUUAGAUUCUACGUCUACUCUGCGUAUAUGGAGCGGCGUACGGUGGCGGCUGUACGUGUCAUAGCUGCCACCAAGACAAGGGGAGCCGAUGGUGUGAUCUGUAGGCUGUGGUUGCAUGAUAAUCGCACUCUCACGCUUAAGGCACGAGUGAAGCCAAUCCGGGAGAACUGGAAUCUCAAGUAUAGCGCGACCUACGUCCUAUGUCUUCUACGGGAUACCGGUGUGAAGCCUCAGGAAACGAUUGGUGCUUCUGUAUCGAUAGUAUCGAAUACAUCACCUAACAGGCCACCGACCAACCUCCUGAUUGUACGAGAUACGGAACCGAAGAGCGGUAUUGAGGAAACUCUCCACGUGUGCGUGAAACCGUUCCACUUCUCGUAUUCUCGUGACGAUUGGUUGAUUGAAUGGUUUGAACUGAAUCGUCUUCUCGGAGCAAGCCACUUCUACAUGUAUAAUGAAUCUCUAAGUUCUCAAGUUACUUGCCUUCUAGAACACUACAAGAAACAGGGACUAGUCACGCUACUGCCAUGGAAGUUACCCAUCGUGUCAAAGAUUGAGAUCAGGACAGAAGGUCAGUUCGCGGCGUUCAACGACUGUUUGUAUAGAUCUAUGUCGACGGCCGGCUGGUUGGUUGUUAUAGACGUGGAUGAAGUCAUACUACCCAGGAGAGAGAGGACUCUGACCGCGCUGUUGACGUCACUACGCGCUUCAUACAACCCACCGUCGAAAGCGCCAUCGGCCUUUCUGUUUAGGAACGCGUUCUUCUAUCUCAGAUGGGAGGAUGAUACUGAAGCCCCAGCGCCAUUAGUGACGUCACGAAAGACGAGACGCUGGGCGGCUCCACACGCUCUCAAAAAUAGGAGCAAGUACGCAAUAAAGCCUAGGGACGCCGUGGAACUUGGGAACCACUUUGUAUGGGAACUGGCGCCCGGGGCUGGGUCCGUGGGAGUACCUACUGAAAGAGCACUAUUACAUCACUAUAGAGUGGCGUGUGAGUACGGUGGUGUUCAAUGUCUGACGGUUCCAUCCACUGUUGACCGCACCGCCCACCGCUGGGCCGACCAGCUGCUGGCAGCUGUGACCUGGCAGAGGGAACAGCUGGCCAGGACCUGCCUAGCUUAG